AUGGCGCCUCCGUGGCCGGCAGUCCACGAAGGCGCAGCCACAAAUGGCGAGGAUCUGAGGACCUUGGUCCGUGAGCAUCUCAUCGCCUGUCAAGAUAUCGUUCGAUACGCAGUGCAACAUCCUGAGACCACAGUCAACACAAUGGAUGUUGCAUCUUUUGCUCGUCUAUCAGAGAGUGUGAUGUGGAAGGUUUAUCAACGCCUCAGCCUUGACAGUGGUUUCUCUGCUUCUAGAAUUACGACCACCCCGCAGAUUGUGGGCCCAAAGGUGGAAAGUGCAGAGAACUCAAGCCAGACGGUCGUAUCACCGGAAGUUAUCUGUAUUGAUGUCGAUGAUGCAGAGGACAAUGGAGAUGCAGUCAAGAGCACAUGUACCAGUGACAUGCGCGUAAAGCAAACAGCCUUGGAUUUGGAACCAUCCUCGGUCCCACCUGAGUUUCACAGAGACCAGGCUCAGCAUGGAGCCAACCAAAAGGAUCUCUCUCCUGAAAACGAUGGCUCUGGCAGUGAGAUAUCUGAUGAUGCAUCACGUUGUGGCAAUAGGAUUGUCUCUGAUGUCGAGGAUGACGUUGAGAUGGAUGCUUUGGAAUCCAAUCCAGCCUCACACAAAGAGAGCAGCCUGAAUAGACAAGAAUUUCCAAAUUCGCCUCCAGCGUCGUCUUCUGGUGCAACGCGUUCUCCAGAAGAGCCCAGUUCUAUCAAUUCUACAGAUCUUCGUGACGACGAUCGACGGGAGACCAUGCCGGUGACCGUGAACACCAAAUCAGCAGAGUCCAGCCAUAAAUCGGGUCCUGUCAAUCCGAUAAGUUCCACCAUGGCCUGUGCUGAAGAUGCCCAUGGAAGCCAUGAAAAUGUGCCUGAUACAGAGGACGGCAUGUCUGACACUGAAAGCGAGCUCUCUGAAACUGAGAGUGAAGUGUUUGAUACCGAGCACCGCAACUACCAGGAUCAAGAGGCCCAUCCUCCUUCAAAGACACAGUCGGUCGAGAUCGCAAGUUCCAGUGACUGUGACAAAGACGGCGAAAGUAGCAGCAGAGACGGUAAUAAAGAUCCAGGAAACGGGGAAGAAAACCGGAUGACGGAUGUGGAGCCAGUGGUGAGAAGCAGCACUGCAGAAGACGACAGCGAUGAAAAUGGCAAGGAUGCUGAGCCAGCGAGUUCAAACGACCAUGAGAUGGCGGAUGUACAAUCCAAAGAUAUGAACGGCGUUGGCAAUCGUGACAAUGACAGCGGAAGCAGCAGUGAGAAUAACGAUGACGCUGAGGACGACAACUCUGAUAUGGACACAGCGUCCGACUUUUCAGACCGACCGCAAGGUAUCGCAACGUGGAUUCCCCAAUACUCUCGAGAUCGUGAUCAGCCACCCAGCCAGUCGACUGGUUCCACGACGCCAGCUGAGCAAUGGCCGCCUGAUCUAACAUUAUGGGCUGCGAUGCUGUCCGACCUCCCAGAAUCGGAUCCCACCAAACAUCUGAUUUGUAUCAAAUGGAAAAAUUGCGUUGCCUUCCCUCGCCCUGAAACGAUGGAUCUGAAAGCCCUCAUUCAAGACGUAUGUGAUGACUUCAAUGUCAAUUCCAUCUCAAUCAAAGUCAUGGCCAAGAAGUUCACGGCUGAGCUGCAUGUGCGGACCGCAGAAGAUCGGUCGACCCUCCUGGCGUCCAAAAUGGACUGGCUCAGUGAUCUUUCACUUCCCGGAUUUCAGGCGUAUGUAGACGAAACGGUGAUGCCACCACCGCCUCGAGUUCCGAACCGGGCCCAUGAGUUACCAUUCACCUUCAGAAUCCACUGGGUCUGCUCAUGUCCUCCCUACCAAAACUGGGCUUCCAAAGAUGCUUCGCCUAUUGUUCAAGACAUCAGAGCUGCCUUGGAAAGUAGCGGAAAUCCCUCUCUGGCAGCCACCGCGCCGAGAGUUCACGCGGUCCAAGUCAGAGGCUCGGGGGAUGUCUGGGUCUAUGUCUGCUCUAUACCAGCUCGCGAUUACAUGGUUCAUGUAAACAAUGCGGCUGCCUGGCUCGCCCGCUUGAAGUGUGGAAAUCGGGCCCGGAUCUACGCCCAACGUAUCACGUCUGCCGUGAAGACGCAGAGGGCCUCAGACCCAUCCACUGCGCGUAUUGAAUCAAGGCGACGGAGAAGGUCGGAGAAGCGACGGCUUGCGCGGGCGCAAAGAAGAUAG